AUGGCCCUUUAUGAAGCACUGUAUGGGAGGAAAUGCAGGACACCCUUAUGCUGGACAAAAUUGGAUAAAGACAAGAUGGUGGGACCAGAUUUGGUGAAACAGACUAAGAAGAAGAUAAAAAUGAUAAAAGUUAGUUUGAAAGCUGCCUCAGUUAGACAGAAGUCGUAUGCAGAUUUAAAGAGAAAAGAUAUAAAGUAUGCAGUUGGUGAUCAAGUCUUCUUCAAGGUAUCACCAUGGAAAAAGGUGCUAAGAUUUGGAAGGAUGGCAGAGAAGAUUGUUGUGCAGCCAGAUCUGACAUAUGAAGAGGAACCAGUAAGGAUCCUAGCUCGGGAGAUCAAGGAAUUAAGGAACAAGCAGAUUCCAUUAGUGAAGGUACUCUGGAGACACCAUAGUAUGGAGGAAGCUACCUGGGAAAGCAAAGAGACCAUGAGGUAG